AGAUUGCCACCUCUAAUUCCGUCACAUCGACGAAAUUGAGUUCUGUUAGAAAUAACAACGCUAUGAAUUUUAAUGCAAAUAAACAUACAAGAAAAUUGGAAAGCAGCACCAAUAACUGGGGCAAGACUAAGUUCAAGCCGAAGAAGUAUGUUAAACCAUGUCCACCGCCCGUGCCGCAGUCCACCUCGACGCCUUGGCAGCAUGUGAAGGACCACAUAAUAAUGGAUUCUUCGGAACGGGAACACCAGGAGGUGGACACCAAGGACGCCAGGAAGUUCAUGCAGCAGCGUGAGCAGAACCACCGGCGGAAUAUCAUAGAAGCAAACCGGUCGCAGGCCACUAAAUGGGAGUCCUUCAACGAUGAGGAGCCCGCCACGGAAAGAAAACCAAAGCUUCGCAGGACCGUUGAGAACUUGACUUUUGAGGACCGCAAUUUUUUCAGAAAGCAUCUCACGCUGGGCAUCAAAUUAACGCAGGACAAAAUAUCUCUCAGAUCUGCAAUAGGGGAUUUGAAGAAUAAACAGAAAGAGUUUGAAUCGAGACAAAAUGUGAAAUCAUCUAAUACGAACGAAGCAAAGGGUAGCAAACCGUUUCAGAAGAUGCGCGAUAAUGCACAUCCUUAUCGCAAGAAGCGACAGAACGGGAGAAAUCCGUUUCAAAAAGGUCGUCAGAUGGAAUAAGUUGUGCUUAUUUAGUACCCCUAAGUUGACUUCACAAUCUACAUGUAAUGCAAGAAAACUCCUUUAACUAAUAAAUACACAUUUUAAGGAAAA